AUGAAUUGCCCGAGGCGCAGGCCGAUGGCUUCAGCUGAGCCAGGUGUCUUCUUCGCCAAUUUCGGACACCACCUCCUGAGCAGCCUCCACCAGAAGGAUUCCAUGAGCACUGCUGAAGAUUUGCGCACCGGUGAAAGGGUAGCUGUCAAGAAGUUUUUCCGGCCAUUCCAAAGCACUAUACAUGCGAAAAGGACCUAUAGUUACUUCGUACACUCAAGCAUCCCAAAUGUGUUGGAAAUGAUUGAUGUCUUCACACCAGAUACAGAUGUGGCAUCGUUGAAUAAUGUGUAUUUCGUUUCCGUCUUGAUGGGUUCAGAUCUGCAGAAUAUUUUAAAAAUUCAGCGUUUGACAAAUGACCAAAUCCAAGCUUUGAUGUACCAAGUUCUGAGAGGAUUAAAGUACAUUCACUCUGCCGGAAUUGUGCACAGAGAUUUGAAACCGUCGAACAUCGCCGUCAAUGAGAUUGGUGAAGUGAAGAUUCUUGACUUCGGCCUAGCUCGAGCGGCUGAUCAUGAAAUGACUGGCUACGUAGCGACAAGAUGGUAUCGAGCCCCUGAAAUUAUGCUCAAUUGGAUGCAUUAUACACAGACU